GUGGAGGCCACACCAAAAGCACGCAAUACCAUUCCCCUCAUCCCGCUCUCAUAUACUCCCCCCAUCUCUCCCUUUCCUAUGGCAUGCAUCAACAUGUUCAACGACCACCAAGCCGCCGGCUUUUGCGGCGCACCGCCGCCGAUCAGCCCUCGCAUCUCUUUCUCCAAUGACUUCGCCGUCGAGCCGCCGCCACCUCCGCAGCAGAGAAGCGCUGCACCACCCGACACGAACUUUGAGUUUGCGGUCGGCGGCAGGCCGAUGAUCGCCGCCGACGAGCUUUUCUUUAAAGGGCGGAUGCUGCCUCUUCGCGACACGUGUCCGGCUCCGGGAGCGGCGACUGGGAGGGUCACAACUCUCCGCGACGAGCUCCGCGGCGAAGGGGACGAAUGGUCUCGUCCGCCCAAAGGGUCGCCGAGGUGGAAGGAGUUUUUGGGUUUCAGGCGGGCCUAUUGUGGGUCGUCGGGUCGCAAGAGUGAUAAGGGUGACCAACGGUCUUUUUCCGCCGGAGGAGAGUCGACGGCAGGACCAACGGGGAAGUUUGCUCAGGAAGUGAAGGGAAACGGUGGAGCGAGAGCAAGUGAUGAGGAUGAAGAUCAGAUAGAUCAGCUACAAUACUGAAGCUGGUUCCAUACAUGCAGUACGUAUAUGGAAGAAAUGGAGCUUCUUCUUCUUCUUCUUCUUACUGUUCUUCCUGUGAAGAGGAAAUGGAGAAAUUGUCUGUUGACCAAAGAAGAGCUUUCUUUUUCAUUUCACCUUUUUCCGCCUUCUCUUUGGAUUUCGCGGCCAUGGAUGGAUGAGAAGGCUUUUGGUGUGAUGUUUGGGAUGAACAGAUUUAACUCUCACUGAUCUGUAUCUUCAGAGCGCUAGCACUCAAAUUAUAUGUUAAUUUUCCAAACUUUCAGGUUUUUUUUUCUUUGUUUUUUUGCUAGGAAGAGUGGAAGAAAAUUUGGUGGUGUUCAGCUGUCAUGGCUUGUUUUGUUCUUCUGUAUUUUUUUGAAUUUAAUUUUCUUUUCUGUACAAAAGUGUGAUGAGUUUUGAAUCAAUACAGAUCUGUGAGGCCCUGUGUUUAUUUGCUUGGAUCUUGCAGAUUUCUGUUUGGGCGCUUUUGGGUGCUUAGCAGUA